AUGAUGAUGAUGCUGAUGAUGCUGAUGAGGAUACUGAUAAUGAUGAGGAUGCUGAUGACGAUGAGGAUGCUGAUGAUUAUGAGGAUGCUGAUGAUGCAGAUGAGGAUACUGAUAAUGAUGAGGAUGAGGAUGCUGAUUCUGAUAGAGGUGAUGAUGAUGCUGAUAAUGUGGAUCCUAAAGAUAAAGAUGAGGAUGUUGUUGAUGAGAAUGCUGAUGAUGAGGAUGAUAAUGAUGAGGAUGCCGAUGAUGCUGAUGACAAAGAUGAUGCUGAUGCUGAUGAUGAAUGAGGGGCCGUACGGAAAAACCAAGGAUUUCUCUGGACCAGAACACACCAUGACGUUGAGAAGACACAGUAUACCAGAAGCUCUGCGGGGGGUGACCAUGGUGGAGCUGGUGAAAAAAGAAGGUAGUACGCUUGGACUCACCAUCUCCGGAGGAACUGACAAGGAUGGGAAACCCCGGGUAUCAAACCUUCGGCCAGGGGGGCUGGCAGCCAGGAGUGACCAGCUUAAUGUCGGGGAUUACAUCAAGUCUGUGAACGGCAUCAAUCUGACAAAGCUGAGGCAUGAAGAAAUCAUUAGUUUAUUAAAGAAUGUAGGAGAAAGGGUCCUGUUAGAGGUGGAGUAUGAGCUGCCCCCUACAGGUGGUACACAUGAAGACUGGCACAAGUCACGUCCCUUGGUGGUCACCUAUGUCAGACCAGGCGGUCCUGCAGACAGAGAAGGCACGCUGCGACCCGGGGACCGCCUUCUGAGUGUGGAUGGUGUUCCUCUACACAGCGCCAGCCACAAUGACGCCCUCAGUGUGUUGGCCCAGUGCGGCCAGGAAGCCCUGUUCCAGAUAGAAUACGACGUCACAAUAAUGGACACAGUAGCCAACGCCUCCGGUCCGCUAUUAGUGGAAAUCGCUAAGUCACCCGGGGCAACACUGGGCAUCACGCUGACGUCGGCUAAUCAUCGAAACAAGCAGGUCAUCGUGAUCGACCGGGUCAAACCCGGCAGCGUGGUGGACAGAUGUGGAGCACUGCAUCCUGGAGAUCACCUCCUCUCCAUAGAUGGGACGUCCACAGAACACUGCACUGUGUUGGAGGCAACGCAGCUAUUAGCAAGCACAACUGAACUCGUUAAGUUAGAGAUCCUCCCUUCACACCAGACAAGGCUAGCUGGGAAGCAGCACGACACAGUGAAGGUCCAUAAAUCAGACCACCCCCACUCCUGGGACCCCUGUAUGAAUUACUGCCACCCUUCAAACUCAACCCUUUGCAACACCAGUUCCACCCUAAACAAGUCAUGGACUGCCUCCAACAACAACACCAUCAACAGCCUGGACUACUGCAAGUCUCUUGUUUGUGCCAGUUUCUCUACCAGCUCUACAACCACGUCAGGCCCCAGCAGCCUGAGCUCCAACACAUUGCCGCGGCCAGCAGCUCCCAUGAGUCCUCGCAACUCACUGCUCAAACGAAGGCAGAGGAAGAAAGAGCACAAGAGUUCUUUGUCCCUGGCAUCCAGUUCGGUAGGUCCUGGUGGUCAGGUGGUCCACGUAGAGACGAGUGAGGUCGUCUUGACCGGUGAUCCACUCAACGGCUUUGGAGUACAGCUGCAGGGAGGAAUCUUUGCUACUGAAACACUCUCUGCUCCACCACUCAUCCGGUUCAUAGAGCCUGACAGUUCAGCUGAGAGGUGUGGCCUGCUGCAGGUUGGAGAUCGUCUUUUAUCGAUCAACGGAAUCCCCACAGAAGAUGGAACCCUGGAGGAAGCCAAUCAACUCCUCCGUGACGCUGCAUUGACCAAUAAGGUCACGUUGGAGGUCGAGUUUGAUGUAGCAGAGUCCGUGGUGCCUAGCAGUGGGACCUUCCAUGUCAAGCUGCCAAAGAAACGAGGAGUUGAACUAGGACUCACCAUCAGUGGAUCAAGACAUCCAGAGGUUUUGCACGAGGAAAAGCGACGCCGCCGUCCUCUCCUCACACUUGAAACAUUAGAAAAGGUUUGUGUGUUUGCAGAUGAGCAGGAGACUUCGGGCAGCAUCAUCUACACUGUGGAGCUGAAGCGCUACGGAGGCCCUCUGGGAAUAACCAUCUCAGGCACAGAGGAGCCUUUUGACCCCAUCACUAUAUCAGGCCUGACCAAGCGAGGCCUGGCAGAGAGGACAGGUGCUAUUCAUGUAGGUGACCGGAUCCUGGCCAUCAACAGCGUGAGUCUGAAAGGGAAACCGCUGAGUGAAGCCAUCCACCUGCUUCAGAUGGCCGGAGAGACGGUGACCCUCAAAAUUAAGAAGCAGCUAGACAGUGAGUAUUACAGCUCCCCAGGGCCGCACCCGAUACGUCCAAUACGUGUCCCAUAG